AUGGUAGAGUCGUAUAUUGUAAAGAAAAACACAAAAUGGAGAAAAGCCAUUCCAGCGAAUGAACGUCUGGCCAUAACAUUGCGAUUUCUAGCCACCGGUGACAGCUUUAAGAGCCUUUGCUAUCUUGUCAAAGUUUCAUCCCAGUUGAUAUCAAGCAUUGUUCCUGAAGUUUGCAAGGCAAUAAUAAAAGUUUUUUUGAGAUACAAUAAAGAUGAUUCACAAAAAUCUGUCAAGCCAUUUGAAGAUCAUCAUCGCUUUUUCAGGUGCUGCACAGAUGUGAGUAACUUCCAGAUCAUCGCUUCCAAAUUUGGUAUCCUCUUACUUCAAUGUCUUAUGCAGCAGAGAUCUGUUAACCCUCAGCGGUCAGCGACUAAUCACUGCCCAACUACUAUAACAUCGCAGCAAGUUUCACGACCAGUGUAUGAAGCCCAGUCUCAAAGAGUAUUAAGCAGUCCAAUGUUUGCUAGUCAACCAAUCCAGAACGGUGAUAGCGACAGCUGCUGGAAGAGUGUGACACAUAAAAGAAAAAGACCAGGUAUUGGUCAGGAACUUAGUGUUAGUCAAGCAACGGUGUCUCGGACUGUGGAUAGAGUUGUGUACAGCAUAGUUGCACAGUCGAACGAGUGGAUCAAGUUUCCAACUACCAACCAUAACCUGAUGGAGGCCAAACGGAUAUUGCAAAGCAUGUAUAAAUUUCCGACAGCAAUUGGUGUAAUUGAUUGUACACAUAUAGGAAUCCUGAAACCAAAUCUCCAUGGAGAUGAGUAUGUCAACCGAAAAGGGAAACCUACUUUAAAUGUGCAAGCCACUUGUGAUGCCAGAGAGAUGUUCACAAGUGUUGAUGUCAAUUGUCCUGGAUCAGUGCAUUAUUCCAGAAUAUGGAGAAAUUCACAGACUAGAUCACAACUAAUAAAUAAAGCAAAUGUUGUACUACUUGGCGAUGACGGUUAUGGUAUUGAGCCAUGCCUUAUGACUCUCUUCAGAAAUCCUACUCCAGGUGAAGAAAUAAAUUAUAAUAAGUUUUUAAAACAAGGAAGAGUUAUAAUUGAACGCUGUUUCGGCCAACUGAAACGCCGGUUUCCUAUCCUACAGUAUGUGUGCCGAAAACAAUUAUUGCUUGUAUUGUACUUCAUAAUGUUGCGAAGAGCAUGGGCGAUCCUGACUUUGAGUUUGUUGAUCAAGACCCAGAUGAAGAUGAAGGAAAUCAUUAGAAUGACGAACUUCCUCUCCGCCACCUAG